ACAACACGCCUGUUGGGCCCUUUUGUGGACUGUGUCACACUCCGCCUCUUUGUUUAUUUUGGAGGAAAAGCCACGGACCCCAAAGGCUUUUAAAAGAGCCCAGAACUGCGCCUCUGUUGGGGUCAAAGGACAGCACGGGAACGACAAAGGGAGGACUAUGUUCUCCCACUUUCUUUGGGCCGCCCUGCCAGGUCUACUGUGGGCCUCUCAUUCCAGUCUGCCGGUGGAGAGGGAGACCGCAGGCUCCAGGAUCUGCAAGCCCGCCCCGCACUGGAACAUUAGCGGCGAGGCGCCCAUGCGGGUGCUGCUGGGACGGGUGGUGGUGGUGGCUCUGCUGAAGGCCAGCUGACAGUUCUGUCUCACUCAGGCGUCCAAAAUGGGGGGCCUGCGUGACAAGCUGAGGCGCAGCAACCUGACGGAGGUGUCCUUCAUGAUAGUCAACGAGCGGGAGCCUCUGUCCAGAGCCAUGUACUGGGAGCUGAAGAGAAGAGCGCCCCCUGGUGUUGUGGUCUACCAGCAGACUCCCUUUCAGAGCGACGUGUGGGAGGCCUUGGACGGGGACAAAGAUGACUUCCUCGUCUACGACCGGUGUGGCCUGCUCACCUUCCACAUCGUGCUGCCCUACAGCUUCCUGCACUAUCCCUACGUGGAAGCAGCCAUCAGGGCCACCUACCACAAAGAUAUAUGCCACUGCUCUGCUAACAUGACCACGCCCAGCGCCGCCAGCACCACCAACGCCACGCAGCAACACCACCACCACCACAACUACACCACUGCAUCGCCCCUACUGCCACUCUAACUGCACCGUGUCUGUGUCUGUGUGUGUGUGUGUGUGUGUGUGUGUGUGUGUGUGUGUGUGUGUGU